CAUGCAGUAGAAUCCAAGUGUUUUGCGGAUGAGUCUAAAACUAUGAAUAGGGAAAUCUGACAAACACAAUAUUGGGGAUGGUUUUGGUGCGCUUGAGGAACACCUUGAUAUGUUGCUGAUGUGAUUUUGUAGAGUGCCGUGGAAAUGUGUGCGGGCGGGUGCGGUCAUGUGUUCGCGUGUUAAAGUCUUUUGAAAGUCGACGUGUUUGUAUAGGCUACAAACAACUGAGUUCAAAGAUGGAGCAGUGUCUACGUCCAGAUGUUCAACGGACAAAACACAAACCGGCCAAACCGCCUCAGCCACCACCCAAACCACCAAAGACUGUGCCUCCACCCAAACCUACAUCUGAGGUCAACGGAAAUGUGAUCCAGAAAGAGAGGACGGCUCUGUUACCUCCGCAUAUGUCCAGGAAUGAGCAGCACCUGAGUAGGAAGAGCAAUGACGCCCGAGAGUUAAAUUUGAAUCUGCAGGAAAACAACGAUGACACUGGAAGAGAGAUUCAGUCACAACAUGAGGCAAGCCUUUCUGGAGAAAUGGGGCUAUAUUAGUACUGUGUGGGGUAGACUCGCUGGUGUUUUUAUGGAGCUUUAAAAACUCAAUUAUCUUCACAAUGAUUAAAGGUACAAUAGGUAAGAUUUUUGUGUUAAAGCAUUGUCAGAAGACCAUUGUGAAUACCUUCCAAUCAUUGAAAAAGGCUCACUGACAUGUCGACUCACCCUCUGCCUGUGUUUAUUGUCCUUUAAAUUUUGGUUUCAAAAUAUACAGUCAAUGGCCCGACACUUGGUACCAAAACGUUGUAUAGCUGUACAAUAAUUAAAGCUCAUUGGUUGAAAAUUGGUCCUAAUUGCCGCAGCCAAUGGUGUUUCCACGUCAGCGCAUUUACAGAGAAGGGGGAGGGAUAAACAGUGUUGUAUUUGUUGCUGCUAUUCCUCUCUUGAUCAUUAGAAGUCCGAAAUUACCUAUUGUACCUUUAAUGAAGCAAAACAUAUGUGUAAAAUUUUUAUUAAAUAAUAAUAAAAAAACAAGCCAAAUGUAACUUCAAUGCAUUAGGGGGCAAGUCUUCAGUCAGGUCCUCAUUAACUACUUUAACACCUUACCUUCCAUUCCUCUUUUCCCGUUCAGGAAAAGGGAAUGUUCAGUGGGAUUUUCCAGAAUGUGCCAAAAGACAGAGCCCCCACCUUCACUAGUUACAUAACAGACAUUCAUCCAGAGAAAGAGGAAAGCCAACUUGGCAAACAGGAGAAAGGAGGAAUGUUCAGUGGGAUGUUCAAAAAAUCCCCCAAACCCGCCGAUCGCACCAUACCUGUACAGGAAGAGGAAUCUGUACAGAGUGAAUCCUCAGCCAGCAAGGACAAUCUCUCAGAUAUCGGCACAAAGGAGAAAGUAGGAAUGUUCAGUGGAAUGUUCAGAAAACCUCACAAACCUGCUGGAGGUGCUGCACCUGCACAGGACAAUCUUUCUACACAAACUGAACUCGCUGACAACAACAACACAAAGGACAAUCUCUCUACAAACUCCAAGCUCUCCACCAGCAAUGACAAUCUCUCUGACAUUAACACAAAGGAAAAGGGAGGGAAGUUCAGUAACAUGUUCAAAAAAGCCCUUAAGCCAGCUGAGCUCGCAGUUCCUGCACAGGAAACUGGAUCAACACACGGUGAACUAUCCGCCGGUGAGGACAGUCUGUCUGACAGCAGUACAAAGGACAACAUUUCGACAGACAAAAAGCUCUCGGGCAGCAAUGAGAGUCUCUCUGACAUUGACACAAAGGAAAAAGGAGGGAAAUUGAGUAGAAUAUUCAAAACGGCCUCUAAGCCUGCUGAGCACACAGUCUCUGCACAGGAAAAUGAAUCGGACAGUGAUGACAGUCUCUCGGAAAACAAUGCAAAGGAGAAAGGAGGAAUGUUCAGUGGAAUGUUCAGGUCCAAAGCUUCCAAACAUUCUAGAGAUUCUACACCGGCACAAGACAAUCUUUCUACACACAGUGAACUCUCAGACAGCAACGAGUGUCUCUCUGGCAGCAACAACACAAAGGAAAAGAAAGGAGGAGUGUUGACCGGAAUCUUAAAAAAAGCCUUCAAACCUGCUGAACACACAGCUCCUGCACAGGUAGAUGAAUCGUUACAGAGUGAACUCUCUGCCAGCAACGACAAUCUCAGCACAAAGGAGAAAGGGGGGAUGUUCAGCGGAAUGUUCAGAAAACAUCCUAAAUCUUCUGAGGGUCCUAAGCAUGCACAGGAAAAUGAAUCACAGGAUGAACUCUCAGCCAGCAAUGAGAGUCUCUCCGAUAUCAACACAAAGGAAAAAGGUGGAAUGUUCGACGGAAUGUUCAGAUCCAAGUCUGACACAACUUUUGAACAUGCGACACCUGCACAGGACAAUCUUUCUACACACCGUGAACUCUCAGCUAGCAAUGACGAUCUCUCUGACAACACAAAGGAAAGAGGAGGAAUGUUUACUGGAAUUUUCAAAAGACCUGCGAAACCUGCUGAGCACAAAGUACCUGCACAGAAAAAAGAAUCGACAGGCAAUGAGCUCUCGGCCAGCAAUGACAAUCUCUCAGACACCGGCACAAAGGAGAAAGGAGGGAUGUUCAGUGGAAUGUUCAAAAAGCAUCCUAAAACAUCUGAAGGUCCUACAUCUGCACAAGAAAAUGAAUCGCAGGAUGAACUCACGGCCAGCAAUGAGAGUCUCUCCGAUAUCAACACAAAGGAAAAAGGUGGAAUGUUCAGUGGAAUGUUCAAAUCCAAGUCUGAAAAAACAUUUGAACAUGCUGCACAGGACAAUCUUUCUACACACCAUGAACUAUCAGCUAGCAGUGACAAUCUUUCUGACAAUACAAAGGGUGGGAUUUUCAUUGGAAUGUUCAAAAGACCAGCUAAGCCUACUGAGCAUAAAGUACUUGCACAGAAAAAUGAAUCCACAAGCGAUGAGCUCUCGACCAGCAAUGACAAUCUCUUGGAUAUCAACCCAAAGGAGAAAGGAGGAAUGUUCGGUGGAAUGUUCAGAUCCAAGGCUCGUCCUACACCUGCAGAGGAAACGGGAUUUGCACGGGGUGAACUCUCCACUAGCAAUGACAGUCUAUCGGAGAAGAACUCAAAGGAAAAAACAGGGAAGUUUGGUGGAAUAUUCCGAAGAGCUCCUAAACCUGCACAGGUUUCCCCAGAGACCGAUGGUGGAACUCCAGCAGGUAGAGAUAAGAAGAGGGACGAUUUGAAGAUGAAGAGGAGGGUAUCAUUCAGAGUGAAGAGAACACUUCCCAGAAAUGCAAGACUUCAGUCCCCAAUGAAGGAUUUGGAGGAAGAGGAUCUAUUGGCAGAGUCUUUUGAAUUGGAGGACCUGAGCUCUGUGCAGGAGAGCUCAGUGGAGAUUGAGAUGGUGGAGAUGGCCCCUAUGCCCAGAGAAGGAAACCCUCUUGACUCCGACGAGGACGAUGAUGGCCUGCUGGAAUGGUGGAGAACCGUAGAAGGUUGGGAUGAAUGGAAUGAAUCCUCAAACUUUAAAGAGGACGAGGAAGAACUGGCAGUGGAGCAGGCCGCUGACCGUGUGUACAUGGCGGCUCAGCUGUUCGUGCGCCUCUUCAACCAGCGGGGGGGGUCCCUGCAGCAGCGCAUCCUGGAGCUGCUCGCUCUGGCCGACGCGGCCGACAACUUCCACAAGCAGACGGUGGCGGCCAGCAUGGGGGGCGGAGUGGCCAGCGUGGUGGGGAGCGUGGCCACCAUCACGGGCCUCAUCCUCGCCCCCUUCACCUUCGGCACCUCCGUCAUCGUCACGGCCAUAGGCAUCGGCGUGGCGACCGCCGGCGGCAUAGCCUCCGCCUCCGCCAACAUCACGGACACGGUCCACUCCAACAUGGACCGCAAGAAAGUGGAGAAAAUGAUCCAGGGCUACCAAGACGAGAUCAAGGACAUCCGGGAAUGCAUGGAAUUUGUACAGGAUGGGAUGGAUGCGCUUCAAGAGUGGAACUUUGAGAAAUACACGGAGAGCGUGUCAAAACGUGCACUGAAUCAGAACGUCAAACAUGUAGUGAAGGAAGGCGCUCGAGCGGGCAAGGCUCUGAUGAUCAACACGGACCAACUCAUCAGCACUGUGCAAGUGCUGAGUGUAGCAGGUGGGGCGGCCAAAGCUGCCCAGGUGAUCAGCGUCACCACUGGCGUCAUGUCCGCACUCUUCCUCGCUCUCGACAUCUUCUUCCUCGCCAAGGACUCUCAUGAGCUGCGCAAGGGUGCCAAGACGCAGUUUGCUACUAAGCUCCGUGAGGUGUGCAAGGAACUGCAAGAUGGAAUUCUAGAAUUGAACCGCGUAAAAACUGAGUUGCAGAAGACCAUGGAUGGCAUUGAGGUGGAAGAGUUUGAGGAGGAUGAGGAUGAUGAUGAUGAGGAGGAUGAAGAUGAUUUGGAUCUUGAGUCUGACCCGAAAAAACUGGCCGAACUGGAGGAGGAGAUAAACCAGAUAGAACAGAAACUGGACCAGGAAGUCCUGGAGAAGAAAAGGGAGGGAGACGGAAGAAAGGAGACGAAAAUAAAUGAUAAUAAGGAAGACCAUGUAAAGCCCCAAAGUGGAAAGAUGGAAAAGGGUGAAGAAGAAGCAGAAAGUGUGAAGCAAGAGGGGGAAGAAAGAGUAGAAAAAGGGAAGGUAGAAACCGAAAGACGAAAAUAUGGGACCGAUGGGAUGGCAAAAGAUGGAAAUCAAGACGAUGGAAAUGAAAAAAUAAAACUUGUUGAACAAGAGAAGGGUGAAAAUGGAGGUGAAGAAGAGGUAAAAAAGAAAAAGAGCGAAGGGGAUGAACAGGGUGAAAGGGCAAAGGGAGAGGUGGAUGACCAGGGGAAGAAUGUAAAAAGAGAGGGGAACGAACAAAGGAAAAAGGAACCUGAAGACUCGUUGGACGGAAGCAAAAACUCAGAGAGAGGGGGGGAUGAAUCGGGUAAAAAGGAAAGCAGAUGGGGGAGUGAAGAGCAGAAGAAUGAAAAGAAACACAGGGAUGAACGGAGGAAGGAUGCAAAGAGAGAGGGAGAUGAACUGGGUAAAAAAGUAAGGAGAGGGGGAGAUGAAUGGAGGAAGAAUGCAAAGGCUGAGUGGGAUGGACAAACAAAAAAAGAACCAAGACAGGAUGAUGAACAAUGGAAGGAUGAAAGUAGGAAAAGUGGAAAGAAAGAGGAGGGUGAACACUGGAAGGAUGCAAAGAGAGAGGGUGAUGAACAUGGGACAAGUGGAAAGGGAGAGAGUGAUGAACGAGGGAAAAGUGGGAAGAAAGAAGGGGAUGAACACCGGAAGGAUGCAGAACGAGAGGGGGGUGAACAAAGGAAAAGUGGAAAGAGAGAGGGUGAUGAACGACGGAAGGAUGCCAAGAGAGAGGGUGAUGAACAUAGGACAAGUGGAAAGAGAGAGGGGGAUGAACGAGGGAAAAGUAGAAAGAAAGAGGGUGAUGAACGAUGGAAGGAUACAAAGAGAGAGGGUGAUGAACACAGGACAAGUGGAAAGAAAGAGGGGGAUGCACAGGGGAAGAGUGGCAAGAGAGAGCGUGACUCCAUUCCUCCACCAGCUCGGCCACGAUCCAAGGCUAUAUCCCACAGCACAGAAGAGACUAGCUGGGAGGAGCCAGUCUCAGACCCAAAAGGCCCGCCCCCAGUCCCACGCAAGAAGCGCUCUUCUCACCGAGAGCCGCUCUCAAUCUAACCCCCAUAACUAAUGAAGAAGGCAUGUCUGCUAGUUCAGCAGAUCUAGGGGAUUACACAAGCUUCCUAACCUAAUGUUGUCCAAUCAAUUUAGUUUUGUUUUUCGAUUUUAUUUUGAUGGGCCACUUUUAUUUGAAUCCUCUACUUAUAGUAUUUAUAGAUUUACAUUUUAGGAAACUUCAACUAUUCAUUUUUUUGGUGAGGGGAAUACAUUCCUCUAGGCAUCUUUUUCUUUUUUUGUAUGGUUUACUCUACUUUAGCAUGUAUUGAAGAUGUGUUCAUGUCUAGGAUGAAUAGAAACACCUGGUUUAUUUGCACUUUAUUCUGUCCUGACUGUUUGGAUCCUCACUGUUGUCAUGUUGUCACCACUUUGUGUUUAAUUUAUAGUUUCACAUCUCAAAGGUUUCAAAUGAAGAACACUACAAAUGUUUCUGAAUGUGGAUUUAAUCACCAUUUUUGUGUAAAUCAUACUUGGGUAAUGUAUUAUGGCUGCUAGCAAUGAAUUAUCAUGGGCCCUAUUUUAUUGUGCUCUUGUUUUUAAUGGUAAAUUAUUUGGUUUCAUAUUUUGGUAAUAUAACUUUGCAGAUUUGUAGAAUUAUCUUACUCUAUUUAUUGGUGGCCGGUUUGUAAUUUACAAUAAAGAUCUUCUCAAUUUCAUUA